AGCCCAGGGCCCCAGCGCUGUGAGGCAGACAGAUCAUGGAGACAUAGCAUGGUCAAGACUAAGAUGGUUAAAACACGUGCAGCUUGGAAACUUUUGUGCAACCUGUGUAUCGGUGCCUCGGUGUUGUCUGCUGGGAGUUGUGCAGUCACUUCAGGGCACACGUCAAUGGACUCUAGCUGUUUUAGGCUGUAAGGAGGAAAGUGACCAUGAGGAAGUCUCUCUUCCUCUCCUUCUCUGCUUCAGGGAGACACAACAUGGGACCCAGCCCCUAUUCCGUCAUGCGCAACCUGACCAACGCCAUCCCUGAGCCGGACAAGCACCUGGACGUGUUCGCCAUCGGACUGGGCGACGCCAGCAAGGAGGAGCUGGACAGGAUCUCCUCCUCCCAGAGGGCCGAGCAGAGAUCCUUCUACCUGCCUGACUACAGCGCUCUGGACCGCGUGCUGCCCGAAGCGUCCUCGGACAGCUGUGGAAUCAGAGGGGAGAAGACCUUUCAGUACAAGAGGGUAUUCGGAGGAGUGAAUGCCAGAGACAAGCAGUGGCCCUGGCAGGUGCUGCUGAAGAUGAAGAGUGAUGGCAGCUGGAAACCAAAAGGGGGCGGCUCGAUCAUCUCCAGGCGCUGGGUCCUGACCGCGGCCCACGUCCUGAUGUGCAUGGACGUGGUCUGUGGCGCUGCCGACGUCACAGUCGUUGCCGGUAUCACAAGGCGCACGGACAGCCAGGGCAGUGAUCUGGUGGUGGAGGAGGUCAUUGUGCAUGAAAUGUACAAGGACAACGAGAGCUAUAUCUACGACAUUGGGCUGCUGAAGCUGAAGGAGGACAUCGUCUUCGGCGAGCGCAAGAGGCCUGUCUGUCUCCCCUGCACGGCGGAUCUCUCUCAAGUCCUCUCUCUUCCUGCACUGGACUGGCGCUCUCGCUGUGAGCACCAAGACCUGAUCUUCACCGGCCGGGGCGGUGAGGACUACAGGACCGUCAACGGGUUCGUGACUGGCUGGGGAAAGAUUAGGGUGAACAGAUGUAUGGAGGACAACCUGCAGUACGGCAGCAUCACUGUGCAGAGCCGGGAAAAGUGUGGGACAAUCCUGCCAGAUGUGCCCUUCACAGCCGAGAAGCUCUGCGCUAAUGGAAACAAUGUGGACGCUUGCAAAGGAGAUUCCGGAGGUCCCUUCGUCAUCAAGAGGAAUGGCCGCUGGAUUCAGAUUGGGAUUGUCAGCUAUGGGGACAAGGACUGCACGAACGGCAGCACGGGAUUCUACGUCAACGUGGCGCGGAUGAUGGAGUGGAUCCGAGGGAAGGUGGGGGAGGACCUGCAGUUCGCCUGAGCGAGCGCGCCCUCCCGCCUGGUCGCUACGCUCCCCUCUUCGCUCAAGCCCGGCCACCGGCUGCCGCCCCGGAGAGACGACUCCGUCCCAUCAUGCAGUCCAGCCUCCGCCGGGCUGUUUUUAAAGGCUACAGCGGGGAGACCAGCGUCAAACCCAGGACCAUGAUCCCCUGCGGUUCGAAUAAAGGUGGACAGGGGGGAGGGGGGGCGACGGGAAACUUGUUUCCCAUCAGGGUUUUUUGUACUGGAAACCAGAUCUUACAAAUAAAGCGCAAAACUGAAAGAUGAGCGGC